AUGCAGACACAUGCUGCCACAGGAGGCUCUGAAGCAGCUGGGAGCGGUGACUUUAGUGAAAUCUGCAUUGAUCAGAUGCCUGAAGAGAAGUGCCAGAUGCCCGAGGCCCCAAAGGCGGCCAAAGUGAGGUUUCAAGACGGAGAGCCAGCAAGAGAGGAAGAAAGUGAAGAUGAGCAAGAGGAGGUGUCCAAAUUGCGGACAUCGGAUAGGUCGGGCACCAGAACCGCUAGUAUGAUGACGAACAAGAGGGCUAGUCUGAUGUCCAGUAGUGCGAUGACGAAGGCGCAAAGCUUUAUCCAUGAAGCGAAGAGAAGAGCAUCCACGGUGUCUCAAGGUGCGGAAAAGGCAACUCAACUCAUGGAUGAUUUAGACAAAAGAGGAUUGAGCUGCUUCCAGCACUUGGGCUUAGCUUUGCUGGGCGGGCUGGGUCAAACGAAGCGAUCCCUUGCUGGUGCCACAAAGUCUUCCGACGAGGAUUCCUGUUCCACCUUUUUCGUCUAUCUGGUGGUCAUCGUCGGUGGCCAUUUGUUCGUGAUCCUCCUCCCAAUAGCCUUGAUCGCCUUUGGAUUGGCCUUUGUGGUGGCCGAAGGACCUACUAUACAAGACAUCGAUGAAAUUGUCAGGGUUCCAGGGAAGCAGCCGUAUUGGAUGGUCCUGAUUACCAGUAUCAUUGCAGCAGCGUCGACGAAUGCAAUCUUGGGGCCGCCCCGGCUACGGAGCAGCCGCAAAUGGUGGAAAAGCUUUGCCAAAGUAGGCAAACAGGUGCUGCUUCUUUACCUUCUGGGCCGCACGAUCUACACCUGGUUCCAAGAAACAGGAGAGUUUCUGGAGAUUGCAAGGAAACAGCUUUCGGCAGGCUUUGGUUUCCCAUCACUCUUGCGCACAGGCAUGCUGGCAAUGGUGCAAUAUUCCUCUAGCUCACAGUGGGGUAGGUACGUUGAUCAGCUUGCUUUACUUCUGGUCUUCAAUGACUACCUGAACUUCAAAGCUGCUCAUCAGCCAGACUUUUGCGAUAAGUGGAGCGAAUUCAUGGAGGCUGUGCAGAAAGACGACGAUGAGGAUGACGAUGACAAAGGCCCCCUGUGGCGUGCGAUGAUGAUCCCCAGGCCUUUCAGCGAUGAAGAAGACAUCCACAAGGCCUUUGCCCCUUCGAUGCUGGCACCCAAGCGCUUAGUCGCGUUGAUACGAAGAGCCUCCAAGAGCAAUGGCCCCAUUUGGGCCAUCUACAUGGUGGUACUUCUUGCACGGUGUUGGAGCUUUGGAUGGCUAGUGGGCCUGGUGUACUUCCCGCUGUUUUCGAUCAUUUAUUGCUGGGUGAUCGCCAUCAUUCUGUUUAUCAUGAUCGCCUUGCGCUGGCUGAUUGUGGAGCCAUCAAUGCGGUUGCUGAUCUACCGGAGAGGUAAAGGCGAUUCGGAUACCCACGGAGCCGCCGGUGACGCUGGCAAAGACUUAAGCAAAGACGAAGAUGCUGCUGAUGGUGCAGGGCCAGGCAGCCCGAACCUGCGGAAGUCAACCGUGUCCGGCAGCAGCUACUCAGUGACCUCAACGCCUUCCAACACCACGGUGGGAACAGCCGGUUCCAUCUCGGUGAAUGGCCACACGAUUGAGAAAUACCCGGAGCCUGAAGAAGGCGCCAAGGAGGAGAAGUUGAAGAUCGUGGCCAGUGCGAUGGCGUCGACGGGUUUUCUUCCCGGCAACUUUGACCGUGCAGUCCCCUUUCUGCUGCACACCACCUGGUACUCCGAAACGUGGGCCGGUUCCUUGCGCAAGAACUACAACCGCGAGAUGCACGUACUGGGCGUCACUGGAAUCACCCGGGACGGAUGGUGCUACAUCGUGAUCUAUGCAGCAGUAGGCAAGGUGAUGGUGGAUUUCAUGGUUGUUGCCAUGUCACGGUUGCUGGCAGGCGCAGGGUAUUUGGACUCUCUGGUGUUGACCAUCACAGAUCGGAGCUGGGAGAGCUUUCUGGAGCAGUUUGAGUACAUGGACACGUACUUCAACCAGGUACUUGCUUGGGUUCAGACGAUUUGGUGA